AUGGCGAAUGCCAGCGAACCCGGCGGCGGCGGCGGCGGCGGUGGCGGUGGCGAGGCGGCAGCCCUGGGCCUCAAGCUGGCCACGCUGAGCCUGCUGCUGUGCGUGAGCCUGGCAGGCAACGUGCUGUUCGCGCUGCUCAUCGUACGGGAGCGCAGCUUGCACCGCGCCCCGUACUACCUGCUGCUCGACCUGUGUCUGGCCGACGGGCUGCGCGCUCUCGCCUGCCUCCCGGCCGUCAUGCUGGCAGCGCGGCGGGCCGCGGCUGCUGCGGGAACACCGCCGGGUGCACUCGGCUGUAAACUGCUCGCCUUUCUGGCCGCGCUUUUCUGCUUCCACGCCGCUUUCCUGCUGCUUGGCGUGGGCGUUACCCGCUACCUGGCCAUCGCACACCACCGCUUCUACGCCGAGCGCCUGGCCGGGUGGCCGUGCGCCGCCAUGCUGGUGUGCGCUGCCUGGGCGCUGGCGUUGGCCGCGGCCUUCCCGCCGGUGCUGGACGGCGGUGGCGGCGACGACGAGGAUGCGCCGUGCGCCCUGGAGCAGCGCCCCGACGGCGCCCCCGGGGCCCUCGGCUUCCUGCUGCUGCUGGCCGUGGUGGUGGGCGCCACACACCUCGUCUACCUCCGCCUGCUCUUCUUCAUCCACGACCGCCGUAAGAUGCGGCCCGCGCGCCUCGUGCCGGCCGUCAGCCACGACUGGACCUUCCACGGCCCUGGCGCCACUGGCCAGGCGGCCGCCAACUGGACGGCGGGCUUCGGCCGCGGGCCCACGCCUCCGGCACUGGUGGGGAUCCGGCCCGCGGGGCCGGGCCGCGGGGCCCGCCGCCUCCUCGUGCUUGAGGAGUUCAAGACCGAGAAGAGGCUGUGCAAGAUGUUCUAUGCUGUCACGCUGCUCUUCCUGCUCCUCUGGGGGCCCUACGUCGUGGCCAGUUACCUGCGGGUCUUGGUGCGGCCGGGCGCGGUCCCCCAGGCCUACCUGACGGCCUCCGUGUGGCUGACCUUCGCGCAGGCCGGCAUCAACCCUGUCGUGUGCUUCCUUUUCAACAGAGAGCUGAGGGACUGCUUUAGGGCUCAGUUCCCCUGCUGCCAGAGCCCCCAGGCCACCCAGGCCACCCUCCCCUGUGACCUGAAAGGCAUUGGUUUAUAA